GGGUUGGGUACCGGUAUAAUCCGCUUCUAGCUUGUUUGGAGGCGUGGGCUCUUGGGAGCGGGACUUCUGCUCAAAUCCUGUUCAGGAGCUUGGAAAGGAGGAGAAUUGGGGGUGGUUGCCAGGAAGACCAGCACCUCCGGUUACUAGAGGGUUUAUAGGGGCCUUCUCCUUUCCGUCCCCCUUUACUAGGGAGUAUCCCUUGCAGAUAAAUGAGAUUUUUUGAUUUCUUAAAAAGCCAGCUGCAGUGAAGAAGAACUGCUGCAGGUCGAGGGGAAGAGAGUCUUCACUGCAAAGACGUUAGGAAAUUACCAUUCCCAGAUGUCUUCUGAAGCUGGCAGGAAGUGCACGGCUGUCUAUAACGUGCUGCCGGGUCCCAGGAUGGAGGAGUGAAGUCUCUCGUCGCCGCGGUUCCAGCCUCCGGAGCUCGCCCAAGCCGAGUCCCCAGAGAGAGCCCUGAGGGAACAGGGUGGCCGCUUGGUCCAGGAAUGUUUACCCUUGCGGAAGUUGCAUCACUUAAUGACAUUCAGCCAACUUACCGAAUCCUGAAACCAUGGUGGGAUGUGUUUAUGGAUUACCUGGCUGUUGUUAUGUUAAUGGUAGCCAUCUUUGCAGGAACCAUGCAACUUACCAAAGAUCAGGUGGUCUGUUUGCCAGUAUUGCCAUCUCCUGUAAAUUCAAAGGCACAUACAUCACCAGGAAAUGCCGAGGUCACCACCAACAUCCCGAAGAUGGAAGCAGCCACCAACCAAGACCAAGAUGGGCGGACAACAAAUGACAUUUCCUUUGGGACAUCUGCUGUGACACCUGACAUACCUCUCAGAGCCACAUAUCCUCGCACAGAUUUCGCACUUCCAAGUCAGGAGGCAAAGAAAGAGAAGAAAGAUCCAACAGGUCGAAAAACAAACUUGGAUUUUCAGCAAUAUGUAUUUAUUAAUCAGAUGUGUUACCAUCUGGCCCUUCCAUGGUAUUCUAAGUACUUUCCAUACCUUGCUCUUAUACAUACUAUUAUUCUCAUGGUCAGUAGCAACUUUUGGUUCAAAUAUCCCAAAACAUGCUCAAAAGUAGAACAUUUUGUUUCAAUAUUAGGAAAGUGCUUUGAAUCCCCUUGGACUACAAAAGCAUUGUCUGAGACAGCAUGCGAAGACUCAGAGGAAAACAAGCAGAGAAUAACAGGUGCCCAGACUCUACCAAAGCAUGUGUCUACCAGCAGUGAUGAAGGGAGCCCCAGUGCCAGUACACCAAUGAUCAAUAAAACCGGCUUUAAAUUUUCAGCUGAGAAACCUGUGAUUGAAGUUCCCAGCAUGACCAUCCUAGAUAAAAAGGAUGGAGAGCAGGCCAAAGCCCUGUUUGAGAAAGUGAGGAAGUUCCGUGCCCAUGUGGAAGAUAGUGACUUGAUCUAUAAACUCUAUGUCGUCCAAACAGUUAUCAAAACAGCCAAGUUCAUUUUUAUUCUCUGCUAUACAGCGAACUUUGUCAACGCAAUCAGCUUUGAACAUGUCUGCAAGCCCAAAGUUGAGCAUCUGACUGGUUAUGAGGUAUUUGAGUGCACCCAUAAUAUGGCUUACAUGUUGAAAAAGCUUCUCAUCAGUUACAUAUCCAUUAUUUGUGUUUAUGGCUUUAUCUGCCUCUACACUCUCUUCUGGUUAUUCAGGAUACCUUUGAAGGAAUAUUCUUUCGAAAAAGUCAGAGAAGAGAGCAGUUUUAGUGACAUUCCAGAUGUCAAAAACGAUUUUGCGUUCCUUCUCCACAUGGUGGACCAGUAUGACCAGCUAUAUUCCAAGCGUUUUGGUGUGUUCUUGUCAGAAGUUAGUGAAAAUAAACUUAGGGAAAUUAGUUUGAACCAUGAGUGGACAUUUGAAAAACUCAGGCAGCACGUUUCACGCAAUGCCCAGGACAAGCAGGAGUUGCAUCUGUUCAUGCUAUCGGGGGUGCCCGAUGCUGUCUUUGACCUCACAGACCUGGAUGUGCUAAAGCUUGAACUAAUUCCAGAAGCUAAAAUUCCUGCUAAGAUUUCUCAAAUGACUAACCUCCAAGAGCUCCACCUCUGCCACUGCCCUGCAAAAGUUGAACAGACUGCUUUUAGCUUUCUUCGCGAUCACUUGAGAUGCCUUCACGUGAAGUUCACCGAUGUGGCUGAAAUUCCUGCCUGGGUGUAUUUGCUCAAAAACCUUCGAGAGUUGUACUUAAUAGGCAAUUUGAACUCUGAAAACAACAAGAUGAUAGGACUUGAAUCUCUCCGAGAGUUGCGGCACCUUAAGAUUCUCCACGUGAAGAGCAAUUUGACCAAAGUUCCCUCCAACAUUACAGAUGUGGCUCCACAUCUUACAAAGUUAGUCAUUCAUAAUGACGGCACUAAACUCUUGGUACUGAACAGCCUUAAGAAAAUGAUGAAUGUCGCCGAGCUAGAACUCCAGAACUGUGAACUAGAGAGAAUUCCACAUGCUAUUUUCAGCCUCUCUAAUUUACAGGAACUGGAUUUAAAGUCAAAUAACAUUCGCACAAUUGAGGAAAUCAUCAGUUUCCAGCAUUUAAAACGACUGACUUGUUUAAAAUUAUGGCAUAACAAGAUUGUUACUAUUCCUCCCUCUAUUACCCAUGUCAAAAACUUGGAGUCACUUUAUUUCUCUAACAACAAGCUCGAAUCCUUACCAGUGGCAGUAUUUAGUUUACAGAAACUCAGAUGCUUAGAUGUAAGCUACAACAACAUUUCAAUGAUUCCAAUAGAAAUAGGAUUGCUUCAGAACCUGCAGCAUUUGCAUAUCACUGGGAACAAAGUGGACAGUCUGCCAAAACAAUUGUUUAAAUGCAUAAAGUUGAGGACUUUGAAUCUGGGACAAAACUGCAUCACCUCACUCCCAGAGAAAGUUGGUCAGCUCUCCCAGCUCACUCAGCUGGAGCUGAAGGGGAACUGCUUGGACCGCCUGCCAGCCCAGCUGGGCCAGUGUCGGAUGCUCAAGAAAAGCGGGCUUGUUGUGGAAGAUCACCUUUUUGACACCCUGCCACUCGAAGUCAAAGAGGCAUUGAAUCAAGACAUAAAUAUUCCCUUUGCAAAUGGGAUUUAAACUAAGAGAAUACGUGCACAGCGAUGUGCAGGAACAACUUCCUAGAUUGCAAGUGCUCACGUACAAGUUAUUACAAGAUAAUGCAUUUUAGGAGUAGAUACAUCUUUUAAAAUAAAACACAGAGAGGAUGCAUAGAAGGUUGAUAGAAGACAUAACUGAAUGUUCAACGUUUGUAGGGUUUUAAGUCAUUCAUUUCCAAAUUUUUUUUUUUCUUUUGGGGAAAGGGAAGGAAAAAUUAUAAUCACUAAUCUUGGUUAUUUUUAAAUUGUUUGUAACUUGGAUGCUGCCGCUACUGAAUGUUUACAAAUUGCUUGCCUGCUAAAGUAAAUGAUUAAAUUGACAUUUUCUUACUAUA